UGGAUCCACACCCUUUCUUGUCAGUGUCCUAGCUAGCGUUAGCGCUAUGUUUUCUCAUUCACUACAGCCGUAAUGGAUCUAUUUUAGUCGAGUCGGAUAAAUAAACUAACGUGUCACGGUUAAAGAAAGCCACCACUAUGUUCGGCCGGUCCAGGGGCUGGGUGGGAGGUCAAGGGAAGUCCAAAAACAUCCACUCUUUGGAUCAUUUGAAGUACAUGUAUCACGUCCUGACCAAGAACACGACGGUGACCGAUCACAACCGGAACCUUCUCGUCGAGACGAUCCGCUCCAUCACCGAAAUCCUGAUUUGGGGCGAUCAGAAUGACAGCUCUGUGUUUGACUUUUUCUUGGAGAAGAACAUGUUUGCGUUUUUCCUCAACAUCCUGCGGCAGAAGUCGGGCCGCUACGUCUGCGUGCAGCUCCUGCAGACGCUGAACAUCCUGUUCGAGAACAUUAGUCACGAGACGUCUCUCUACUACUUGUUGUCGAAUAACCACGUCAACUCCAUCAUCGUGCACAAAUUCGACUUCUCCGAUGAGGAGAUCAUGGCCUACUACAUCUCCUUUCUGAAGACGCUGUCGCUGAAGCUCAACAACCACACCGUGCAUUUCUUUUACAACGAGCACACUAAUGAUUUUGCCCUGUACACGGAGGCCAUUAAGUUUUUCAACCAUCCAGAGAGCAUGGUCAGGAUUGCAGUCAGGACUAUCACACUCAAUGUGUAUAAAGUGGAUAACCAGCACAUGCUGCACUACAUCCGGGACAAAACAGCCGUGCCCUACUUCUCCAACCUGGUGUGGUUCAUCGGCAGCCACGUCAUCGAGCUGGACAAGUGUGUGCAGACGGACGAAGAGCAUAAAAACAGGGGGAAGCUGAGUGACCUGGUGGCUGAGCACCUGGAUCACCUGCACUACCUGAACGACAUCCUCAUCAUCAAUUGCGAGUUCCUGAAUGACGUUCUGACCGACCACCUGCUGAACCGCCUCUUCCUGCCUCUCUACGUCUACUCACUGGUCAGUCAGGAGCAGAGUGAAGAUCGCAAGAUUAACCCUCAGGUGUCCCUCUACCUGCUGUCCCAGGUGUUCCUCAUCAUACACUACCAGCCCCUGGUGAACGCUCUGGCAGACGUUAUACUGAACGGAGACCUGUCUGUGUUCAUGCCCCAGACAGAACAGAACACACACAAGAGCUCAUCCAGUGCUGCAGUGCGACGCUUCACCAAGCCACCAGAGAGUCUGGAGCGCUCGCUGGAGAUGAGUCGGCAUCGAGGCAGGAAGAAGGCACAGAAGCGACCCAACUACAAGAACGUGGGCGAAGAGGAUGAGGAGGAGAGGGGAACCGAGGAAGGCCCUGACGAGGAGAAGGAGAAGGCUAAAGGUACAGAGGCUAGCUCAAAGGCCAGCAGGACAAGUGGGGACACGGAAGAGAUUGAGAUGGUGGUGAUGGAGAAGUGCAAAAUCUCAGACGUAUCCACACUCACGGAGCAGAACAUCACGGACGAGGAGAAAACCGCCGCAGCUGCUGCAGGAAUGGAGGGACAGAGGAGCAGGCCCUUCUUGGACAUGGUGUACAAUGCUCUUGACUGUGAGAAGGAAGACUACCAUGCCCUUUUUGUUCUCUGCCUCCUCUUCGCCAUGUCUCACAGCAAAGGUAUAAACCCAGAGCUGCUGGAGAAGAUCCAGCUGCCAGUUCCAGGUCAGGAGCGGAGCAGCUACAGUCAUGUUCUUGUGGAGAGACUGAUCAGAGUCAUGAACCACGCUGCUCUCCCAGACGGGAGGGUGCGUCUGGCCACCCUGGAGCUGAGCUGUCUUCUCCUGAAGCAGUCGGUGCUGUCCGGCUCUCGGUGCAUCAUCAAGGACGUCCAUCUGGCCUGUCUGGAGGGUGCGAGAGAAGAGAGUCUUCAUCUUCUACGGCGAUUUUACAAGGGUGAAGAGAUCUUCCUGGAUAUGUUUGAAGAUGAGUACAGGAGCAUGACGAGCAAGCCUCUUAAUGUGGAGUAUCUCAUGAUGGAUGCGUCCAUACUCCUGCCCCCGACUGGAACGCCACUGACCGGUAUCGACUUCGUGAAGCGGCUUCCGUGCGGAGACGUGGAGAAAACACGUAGAGCCAUCCGUGUGUUCUUCAUGCUGCGGGCUCUGUCUCUGCAGCUGCAGGGGGAACCGGAGACACAGCUGCCUCUGACACGCCCCGAAGACCUCAUCAAAACCGAUGAUGUCCUCGACCUCAAUAACAGUGACCUCAUCGCUUGCAUGGUGGUGAGUAAAGACGGCGUUCAGGCGCAGAGGUUCCUGGCUGUGGACGUCUAUCAAAUGAGUCUGGUGGAACCCGAGACCAAGCGCCUGGGCUGGGGGGUUGUCAAGUUCGCAGGUCUUCUGCAGGACAUGCAGGUGUCCGGUGUGGAGGACGACAGCAGAGCCCUGAACAUCACCAUCCACAAACCGACAUCCAACCCUCAUGCCAAACCCGUACCCAUCCUGCAGGCUUCCUUCAUCUUCGCCGAUCACAUCCGCUGCAUCAUCGCCAAGCAGCGUCUGGCUAAAGGACGCAUCCAGGCACGAAGGAUGAAGAUGCAGAGGAUAGCAGCGCUUCUGGAUCUUCCCGUCCAGCCUUCAUCUGAAGUGCUAGGUUUCGGCCAGUCCUCUUCUUCUUCCUCGUCCUCGUCCACAUCCCAGCUACCCUUCCGCUUUUACGACCAGGCAAGGCGAGGCCCAGCGUUCGCCUCCGUAGAUAAAGUUCCAGGUUUUGCAGUGGCCCAGCAGCGCAGUUCCUCCCUGAGUUCCAGCUCCAGCAUCACGGCUCAGUCAGACUCCAUCAGCACCAGCGGCAUGUCUACACACACCACUCCAGUGCCGGCCGCACCCCUGGCCCCGAGCCUGACUCCUGCGGCUCAGCCCACCAUCUCCCUGCUAUCAGACACCAACACAGACUCGCUCAGCGUCGACUCGCUCACCCUGCUGCCUCCGGCAGACCCUCCCUGUCUGCGCCGCUUCAGCCGGGAUGAGGCCGCGCCCGCCGACACCGACGCUCGUACCACGCCCGACCUAAAGAGCGCAGAGGACAGAAAGGACAUCUUGGCAGCCCCGGAAGAGCAUGGAACUUACACCACGAGAGAGAAAGACAAACCCGAUCAUCCCGAUUCUGAACCAGCAAAAGUUUCUGAACCCGAUGUAACCUCAAGGUCAAGAGAGAAGGUCGAGACGGAAAUUUCUGCUCCAGACCCGGAAGAAAACCUGGAUCUGGAGCAGGAGACGGAGAUAGACUGAGACACUUUUUUUUUCCUUUUUUUUUUUGUUUCUUUUUGUUUGUUGAGAAACCAGCUGAAACCUGAAUGUCAGAUUUCUGUUUGUUCAUCACAGCGGUGGCUUUCAUCACGUUCCGUGCCUCCUCUUUGUUUAAGAACAUUCUUGAAUGCAACAUUUUUUUCGCCCCACAACAGUAGGGUUAUUGAUCGUAUUUUUCAAAGCACAUCAUUGUGUCUGCUCUAAGCACCAUUGUGUGUGUGGUUUUUUUUUCUCUCUCUCUCUCUGCUGUGGUGCUGUGUGCAGGAGUGAGUUCUGAGUUAUGACUGCAUGAGUGAUUGAGUGGGAUUAGUCUGGAUAUGUGUAUGUUGUCUGAUUGAUUGUGUGACUGAAGUGAGAAAGAAGGAAAGGGCGGAGAAGGAAGAAGAGUGUGGGUUUGUUUUUAUAAACAUGUGGGUGAGGGAAUACCCGCUCGCUUUUAUCAGUCUUUACACUGAGGAAUGUACCAUGAGCUCUGGGUCUGUCCGGCGGUGCUCUCUCCUGGACGGCUCUCUCGCUUUGACUGAACACACAUUUGCACUUAAAGAGCCGCGAUUUUUUACUCUUUUUUUUUUCUUUUUUCAGACUGUAAGUGGAAAUCCGGAUGUGAACACGCCGUCCGCGCGGUCAGGAGAACUCGGAAAGCAAAUUUACUCACCUGUAAUGGUGUAUGCAAACGCAACGAAUCCCACACCAUCAAAAAUGUUCAAAUCUGGUUCUAGAUCAUUACACACAGCAGUGUUUAAACACACUCGAGUCUCGGCACUCAGCUCGACCUCGGUUACGCAGUUCUGUUUUAUUGUUUCACAUCACGAGGAUUGGUGUAUUUGAUCUAACGAGCUGUAUGUGAUUUUUGGAGCAAAAGGAAAAUGUAGAUAUUCUUCCCAAACUCAAAACUCAGCCUGCUGAAAAUGCUGAAGAUGUCAAUAAAAAAAAAAAAAAAAAAAAAACGGUCACUUUGAUUAAAACAUUAAAACAGUGCAGAUUUUAUAUAAACACGGCUCGUUUAUUAUUUUCCUCAAUAUUCUGACCUCCAUCUUUUAUCGUUCAUACCACAGAUUAGCACUUCAUCAGGUUUCCUCUGUCACAAUGUGGCCCCAAGUUAGAACCCUAUCUCAGAGGUUUAGAACGCUCCGUAAGUGCACCAAGUACCAAGAAAUUAAAUGUUUAAACCCCUGACCAGUAUUCAGAAGGAAAAAAAUGACCAUUCAUUUAGAGUUUGUUUCAAGGUUUGAAAUUUAUUUAAAAGUUUGUUUGUUUGUUUUUUAAAAUAAUGCACACAGGAAAAAAUUGCAGGGAAUAAACUUUAAAAAAAAAAAAAAAAAAAAAAAAA